GAAUCGGAGCCAGACGAUGCGUAGGAGAACGAAAAAUUCGGUCAUGGAGCUUUGCGUGAUAUUUAUCAACUCAUCUAUAUUCCUCUUUGAUAUUAUUUAUGUUUCUAAAAUUAUAUAGCUAUUACAAUAAUUUAUUUAUUGCUUGUACAGACUUUUAUUCCAUUGACAAAGUUCUGAAAUUUCGAAAAUCGCGGGGAAAUUUUCAUUAUUUUAUGCACGUAGGGAGAAUUUACUUGUGAAUUCUGGACAGAUUUGAAUUCAAAAUUUUUUGUUUAAGCUAUGAAUCAUCCAGAUGAAUAUGAGACUGUCAAAAAAGAAAUCAGAAGUCUACUUAUUACAUUUAAAAAUGGUUGCUCUCUUUUUGAAUUCAAGAAACAGUACCAAAUGAUGAUUGGCCAGGAAUUACCCUUUAUGCAAUUUGGAUUUAGAAAUGAAAUUGAAUUCUUAUAUAGCAUGCCUGAUGUUAUACAAAUCAGUCCUAAAGGAAAAGACUAUCACUUGAUGGUUAUUGCAGAUAUCAGCACAAAACAUUUACAGAAGCUUGUUAGCAAGCAGAAAUCUUUCAAGCAUAAUCCUGUAAGCCGUCCAAAACCCUUUCAAUUAGUGGAAACACCUCCAAGAUUCCGUAAGUUGCAUUCUGCACAAUGGGGAGCCAAAGAGUUCAGAUGUGUUAUAUUGCUUAUUUUUGAAAGCAUGUUGGAAAUUUAGACGUACUUUCCAUCAAUAGCAUGGGAAUAAUUAUGGAAUUCUGAUAUAUAUAAAUAUGGAGCUCUGCUUCAAGACAAAUCAAGACUCAAACAAUUGCCUCCAAAAGGAAAUUAUGGUUGUUUUAAGCAGAAAAUGGAUUGUUUGGAUGACUUUGACUUAAGUAGAAGCAAAAAUCCAGAAGCACGCAGAAGCUCUGAAAAAAUGAAAAAUUAUCCAAUAGAAUUUUUUCCACCCAAAGCUGUUUCUCCACUUAGUCAGUACAAUCAACAGAGACUCCCCGCUCAAUUAGUUUUGGGUUCAUUUUUUCCUGCAUAUGUUGCUACAAUCCUCAACCCAAGCCAUAUGUAUAUUCAAUUAGGAGAUGUGGAGCAGGCUCUCAGUGAUAUGAAUCAUUCCCUUGAGAAAUUUUAUUCUGACCCUGAAAGUAGAGUUUUCAUGAUGAAAAAUGUUCAUAUAUUGCCUGGAUCUAUUGGCGUUGCUCAGUGGCCUUUAGACAUGCAUUGGUAUCGCAUAAAAGUGAUGUCCUUAGAAACAAAUGAAUCAGUUAAAGUGUUCUUCGUAGAUUAUGGCACCGUGGAUAUCAUUUCCAAAACUCUUCUGAGAUAUAUCAGAGAGGAUUUUUUCAAUUUUCCUGCUCAAGCCAUGAAGGCCUCCUUAGCUUAUGUAAAGUCACCUAGAGGUUUCAACAUUUGGAGUCAGAAAGCAACCGAGAGAAUUUUGGAAUUAAGUUUAGAUGAGUCUGUCAGAGCUAAAGUAGAAGAUAUAGAAGAUGAUGUACUGUCUGUGAUCCUUUACAGCAAACAUAACAUUUAUAUCAAUGGUGCUUUGUUGGAUGAGAAUUUAGCUCAAUCAACUUCUGUUGACUCUAAUUAUCCAGAGCUAGAAGAUGUUUCUCGUGCAGUUUCUUUUGACUGCAAUAAAUCUUUAUGUGAAUUACCAGCUGCAACAUCUUCACCUUCUGCCAAAGCAAAGCAAUCUGUGAUUUCUACAAGCCAGGCUUCCCAAAGUUUUUAUGAGAACCCAUCUAUUGAUGAAUCUCUCCAGCCAGUGAAUUUUUCCAAAUCAUUUGAGGUUGAUUCAACAUCAACUACUGCUCCUAUUACUUAUCCCAAACCUCAAAUAGCUGAAACUGAGCUAUUUUUGAAUAAAACUUCUAAUCUACCAAUAUAUGAUGAUACAAAUUCCAACAACUCCUCCCCUUCCAACAGCAGCAAUGAAAUUUUUGAUGAUGAUGACGAUGCAUUUUUUGAAGAAUUUUGCCAAAAGGUAUCUUUAGUUACCAAGAGAUAUGCAAAAAGAAUAAAGACUUGUGAUGGCUAUGUAUUUCAUAUCUUAAUAUAUAAAUCUAAGCCUUUUGUCUCAUGUGGAGAUAUUUCUCAUCUCAUCUGGAGCAACAAGGACUCUGAUUUUUUGCAACAACGACUAGAAAAUAGUGGAUCAUUUCAAUCCAAUGUAUUGCUAUGGAAGGAUGAAAACGUAGAUAUGUUUAAUCAGUUAAAAAGGUUCCAUGUUAAAGGAUUCAAGGUUGUGAAUGAUAGAACUUGCCUUUUAAUCUUUUAUCUAAAUGAUCUGAUCAAGAUUCUCAAUACAUUUGGUCAUCCAUCUAUUGAACUGAGAAAGAAAAUCAUUCAUGAAUAUUCUGCUUUUAAUCCUGAUCAUCCAAUGUGGCAGGAACUGUCUGGAUUUGAAUUUUCUGAUAGUGAGGAAGAAUUUUUUCAUGAGACAGAAGAAGAUAAACUGAAUCGUCUUUGCUUAAAUGACCUUCAAGUUAUGAAACAGAACAUCCGUAUCCGGUUACAGUUACAACAGACUGGCAGUCCUGAGAAUGUAUUAUAUGAAAAGCAGAAGCUUCAUUUGCUGCAUGAGAAAAUUGUGAUGAGAAUGAAAGAAAUUCAGCUGAUCUGCAGUAAUUUUUCUGAUGCAUAAUAUAUUAGACUUCUCAAAGCAGCUGUGAUAUUUUACUAUCCAGACGAUUUCAUCAGAAUCAUCUUUUUACAUGAAAACGUUUUUACACGCACAUGUUCCUUUGAAGAUGCUCAAGAAGUGUGCAUUUAACUAUUUCAACCGAUUUAUUAUCUUUUAAUGUAGCGUUUUAUGUUAUAAACAUUUUUGGUGAGGAAUUGUCUUUGCUUAGAUAAGAUUUUAUUAUCUGUUAUCACCUUAAUUUACCUCACUAUAAAUGUAUUAAACUUUUGUGUUUUAUUUUGUUGUCCUUAAAAUGCAUUCAUUGGUUUAAAAAUGAAACACUAAACAGAUGUUAUACAUUGUACUGUAAAACAAUGAGAGAUAAUUAGAAUUGUGCUGUGUGAAAUUAUUUUAAUGAGAAAAAAAAGAAACACUUUAAAAAAAUAUUUGGAUUAUUAUAAUUAGUACACCACCAUUAUAAGUGUGGAACUUUUUUAAAAAUAAUUAUUUUAAGCUUUUUAGAAAUGGUCUAUGUUGAGAGACGUUAGUAUAAUAUAUAUUUAUUUUCUUAAUGAUACAUAGACGUUACAAGUCAAAAAGGUAAUUAAUAGAAUAACAACAAUAUCAAGGGUGAUGCCACUCAAGCUAAAGUUAAUUAUGCUAAAAUGUUUGCUUACUUGAUGCAACAUCCUCCACACCCUGGUCAACCUCUAGAGGUAUUACCAGUUGAAUUGGACAGGGUAUCUCUUUUCUUUCGCCACGAAGGAUGCAGGUACGAAUUUUUCCGUCAUGACCAUCGAUUAAUUUCAUCACGAGAGCUUUCUUACACAUAUACUGUAGUUGUAGAUCUUCUUGCAGUAGGGCCAAGUCCCCUACUCAUAUUCAUAGUGACUGCUUGACAUUUCUUACUUGACAAAAUGAAUAUAAUUCCCACAAAUAUUCUUUGGACCAUCUUUUCCAAAACAUAUCCAAUAAGUCUUGCUGUUGCUUGUAAAUAUUUGUGAGCUUGUUAUUUCUAGGUUCAGUUCCAGAUGGGACAGUGGUCAACUUUCGACCAGUUAGGUCGAGUUGGAGUGAAAGAUAGCUCUAUAUCAUUCUCACCACGUUCAUAAAUCAUAGGUCUACUGUUGAGUGAAGCUUCUAUUCCCACUAAUACCGUAUUUAAAGCCUCCUUAUCUAGUAAUGUGCGACCAAGUGAUUUUCGAAGGCCGUUCCCAUCAUCCUCCCCACCAAGCUGCUUGUGGUGCAAUAAACUUCCACUUUAUAGCAUUGUGAGUAUAUAAUUGCUGCACUUUCGCUGAAAUCAAUGUAUUUCAAAGGAAAAUGAGUUUCUUGUUUGCGGCAUGAAAGGUUGUGGUGUUGUCAGUGUAUGUGAUGUAUGGAAGUCUUCUACUGAUAAAUCGUUGUAAGGCCAAGAGAAACUUGACUACAGAAAGGUCAGAAACAAGUUCGAUAUGCAAAGCCCUAGUAAUUGAUCAAGUGAAUAACGCGAUGUAAGCUGUGUUUGAAGGUUUAAAGGUCUUAAUAUAAACUGGGCCUGCAAAGUCUAUCCCAUUAGUACCGAAAGGUAUGCAAGGAGUAAGUGCCAGCUGGAAGGGGUGCUUCUAUUUCAUUAGAGCUUAAAGCAUGGGACAGUUAGCACAGUAAUCAAGUUUCAUUCACUCACUUGAUGGCUUGACGACCUCAAAGUAUCCAAAAUUCGGUGCCUAAUUCUGAAAGAACUACACACACAUCCAAGUGAUGUAGACGAAUGUGCAUAUGUGUAAUCAAUAACUGCACAAAAUACUGAAAUCCUACAAGUAAUAUUGGAUGUCGCUGUUCAAAUGAUAUCCAUGCGAAUUGUAGUCUACCAUUAAGUCGUAAAAUAUUAUCUUUUAGAAAUGGAUGAAGACGAGGAAUUUUUGAGUAUUUAGGUAAGGAAAUAGUUAAGAGGUAGUUAUUCUCUAGCGCGUUAAUUUGUACAAAAAAACGCUAUUUUCUUAGAACUGAAAUCCAAUAAUUUCUUGUCUUAUUCAUCUCAUUAGUUGUUAAUUCUAAAGCAAAAUAUUUUCGAGAUUUACAAUUGAGCAGAAAGUAAUAAAUCCAAGCUGUUAUUCUCAAGAGUUUUGUGUAUGAACUGAAGCGGAAUAUAUCGACUAGGAUAGUUGAUAGCACAAUGUUUGUCUUUACUUAACAAGUUUCUAUAUUCAUUAAUAAUUUUUUCGUCACUUGUUGAAAUAUUUUGUACUGGCCAGACGUCUUGAAUUUACGCUAACGAACUUGGGCCGUUUCAUUAAAUUUCUAGGUAUGGUAAUUCUGCUGGGAACUCUCCACGAGGACGAUGAGCUGCUGGGUUUUGUGUUCUUGGACAAUGCCGCCACUGCAUUAGAGGAGUGUAUUGAAAAUCUUCAAUGACUUGGUUGCAUAAGAAUGUGUUCCAGAGAUUUGGAUCACUUCUUAUCCAGCUUAAUAUGGCACUUGAAUCACUCCAAAGUGUAGAUAUUUGGUUAUCUAAAUCAGUUUCUUUGCAAAUAUAGUGAAGUAAGCGAGCUUCUAAUAAGGCUGCCAAGAAUUUACCCGUGGAAGUGUCACCUUUUUAAGUGAUGAAAGUCUGUUGCGACUGCAAACUAGUUGAACCUUAGUUUCGUUAAGCUCAAUAAAACAAUGUAUAAUGAGGCACCAUAGACCUUUUCAGAAGCAUCACAACAUACAUGAAAACUCAUCUGAGAAAUAGCAUACAUUCCAAUCCAGCGAGGAUACGUAUAUUGUUUAGAGAUGAUAUUUCAGAUACUCAUCUGUUAAAAUUUGAGGCGAUGACUGGUGGAAGAAUGUCGUCCCACUGAACUCCAUUGAGACAGUGAUUUGAAAAAGAAUUUUUUCAACCACUAAUGCUGGUGUAUAGAGACCUAAAGGAUCUUACAGGUUUAAGAAGUAAACGUUUUGUUGCAAGAACAGCAAACUGAUAAAAACUUUCGUUUAUUUCUGUAUGAAACACGUCUUCCUUAGUAUUCCAGCUAUAAUGCCCAAUACUUGCGUAUUGCUGUUGAAGGUGAUAUUCUUUUGUUCCCAAACAAUCUGUAGGUUCUUGGAGUUUGUACUCCGUUUAGCUAUGGUAAAGUUAUCUGUACCAUUAAAUCUUGCAUUCCUUUGUAAAGAGUUGUAGCUUGCUCGACAGUAUCUACUCCCAUAACAAAGUCGUCGAUAAAAAUAUUAUUCUCCAGGUAUUUAGCUGCAGUAGGGUAGGUAUCAUAGCGCAUAUUAGCUAAUUCACGAAGAAUGACGGAAAGCAGAAAGGGACUAGAAAACAAUCCAAAAAGUAGAUGGGGAAAGCGAUAAAUAAGCAUUUUUAUUUCGCAGGAGUAUUUUUCCGUUUACAUCCUUCUCUGUCUUAAACCACAGGAACCUAGUACAAUUUCUAUCUACUUCAGCCAAAAUAAGUUGCAAGAAUUCUUCAUCCAUCACUCGUGAGUACGAAUUUGUGAAGUCAAAAUCGUAAUAAUGUUGCAGAUAUUUCUGGGAGCAAAUUUGGACUCUGUUCAAGCACAUUAUUUAAGAAAGGAUAUCCUGGUAUCAAGAAGUGUCAAAUACAAUUCGCCCUUUAUUUUCGUUAUUCCUUUGUUUAUUUACUUUGAUGAGGCAAAUAAAAUAGUUUUGAUUCGUUACAAGGGCUAUUAUCGGCAGGCUCAACAUGUUGGUUAUCAAUAUAAUUUUGCAUCUGUUCUUUAAAUAUCUGUUGUUUCCGAAUGUGUGAAAAGUUUGUUAUGGAGUAUUUGAAAUCGUUUGAGUGGUAUUUCGUAAUUUUCAAGUGAAAGAAUCACCUCUGGUUAUCUUGCAUAGUUUUAAUGUCAAUUGUUUCCAAGUCCAAAAACUGUCACACGUGAUUGUCCAGACCGCGUACCAAAGUUUCUGCGCUAGUGUUGAAAACUGAAGAAACAGAAGAAUAUGCUAUGGUAGUAAAUGAACGGUUGCCGAAACGAAUCCAUCCGAACUCAGUAGAUAUUAACACAUGAGUUGUAGAAAAUCUAAUAGGAGAAUGAAUAUGCAUUAUAGUCCAAUAAAAACCAGCAUCUAUUAGAAUUUCUAUAAGUAAAUUAUUUAAACUGUUUGAUUGAUCAGCAAGUUACAACUUUUGACUAUGGGCAAAAGAAGAGACAGGAUGGAGAAGUAGAUGGAUGAAAAGCAUAAAUAUUUGAACUUUCAAAUGCUUGUAUAUUUACUGUUGAGUUGUUCCAAAUGCUUGACAUGAUAAAUUUGACUCUUCGUCUUUUCUCAGUGUUUGUUGGAAUGGACUCGAAUGCCUGAAGGUUCAGUUUUUCUGAGCUAAUGAUUUCCAUUUGCAAGAAGUCGAUGAAACGAGGAUGAUGGAAGCUAGACUGACGUCCACCAUCUAAAAGACACUGUGUUAUUUUUGUUUUACCGUUUGGACCAAUUACAUAUACUCGAGUAGUUUGCAGAUGAGUAAAUUUGGAAGUUAUAAUGUCAACAUUAUUAGUAGAAGUAACUGGAUUGAUUCUCAGUAACAGUUUAACAGAUAGAAAUGUGAUGUUUUAGCAUUUAUAGCAACCGACUUUCUCUUUCCGGGGUUAUUAUUUACGUUAUGCCCACGGUUUGUACAUAAAAAAAAGCGAUUACUAGUUUUAAACUUUUGAUUACGAGUGUCUAUAUCAGUUACAAUGUUACAGCGACCAGUAUUCAUUAGUAUCACUGUAAGGACAAAAUGGAAAACGUUUUUUAACUGACGUAGUGUUUUUGAAAUUAACAUAACAGUGAGCCAUGGAACGUUUAAAUCGUAUUGAACAGGAUGCUCAACUCUAAUUUUCAGAGUUGUAAGUGUGCCUUCUACCUCUUCCAAAAGAAAUUGUAUUAAUGUUGUUAUGUCACCCUCCGAAAUUUUCUGCUGUUCUGAUUUUGUUUGAAAUUAUAAAAAUGAAAGCACUACAACGUAAUAGCAUUUAAACAAACUUUUUUAUUAGUUAUCAAACUUUUUAAUACGUUUUUUGAAACAUUGUUUUUUUAUAAGAGGAUUUGUAAUUAUUCCCCAUUUUCUCUGUUUAUUUUGCAUUUUCCCAAUGAUAAUUUAAAGUUAUCGAAAGAAUAUCCCCUCUCCCCUUUCACAACAACACGAAAUUUUGGACAUAUUUUCAGUGUUAUUUGGUGCUGAAAAGGUAUGGAAUUUGUUCAUAUCACUGCUGAAUUGCUUAAGAAUGAAAUUUUAUUUCAUUUGCGUACCCUUUAAAUAACUUGUUUAAAAUCAGUAAUGCUCUCAAUAAUGACUAAAUUUUUACAUCGUAGGUAUCGGUUCUAAUUUUAUCUUGGGAACUUCUUUUAUUUUUUCUGAAAAGUUUCGUGGCUUAUAUAUAUAAGAGAGAGAGACUGAUUUUCUGGUAAUGGCUUGGUUGAUAGAAACCUGGGUAAUCGAGCUCUGUUUAUAAAUAAAGAAAGCUAUUUUCAAUGAACUAACUAUUUUUCAGGAUAAGUGUGUUCUCUAUAUUUGCUGGCAAUCGUAGCUCAUUCAUUGGAACUGCAAGUCCUGCAAAUGAAAUAAAUUCAAAAUCUCGUUUUUCAAUUUCAAAACACUUUGAUUUUUCCUUUUUGUCAGUUCAUGUUCGUAUAUAAAUAAUUUGUUUAUAAAUCUAACCUUAAUUUUAUUGUGAAAAUCUAUGAAAUGCAUCGCUACAAAGGAAAUUAAAAGCUUGGUUUACCACAGAAAAAAGUUUUAAAAUCCACAUUUCAUUUUUGAUACAUAGAAUUUUAUCAUUUGUUCGUGAUUCCAGUCAUAUGAUUGGCUCAGCACUAUCAAAUGUGGCCCGUGUGCUAUAAAACCCAAAGUAAAAACAGCGAUUAGUAUUCAGAAUAUUUAUUUGUGGACAACUUAGAGCUUCAGUAACCUACAAUCAACAAUAAAAAAAGUAUUUUACACUCAAAUAAUUGUUUUUAUUUUUAAUCGUGUUUAUAUGAAAUUCCAGAUUUAAUUAUAUUAUUAGAAUUUGUUCUAUUUAUUUAAUAAAAGUUUGAUCUCCUGAACAAUUUCUUGUUAAUAUAGGAUAAAACUAAUAUCGGAGAAUUUUAGAGUUUCAUGCUUUUACUUAAAAUAUUUAUGUAUAAAAAUCUAAAAAUUAGGUUUAAAGAUUCUAAUUGUUUUUAAGGAUUGUAAUUAUUUAAAAUAACAUAAAUUUGUGACUGUUAUGUGCAUUAUCAUAGUUUUGUUUAUUUUAUUUUUAAUUUUGGAUCCUUAUCAUAGUUCAACCUAAUAGGAUUCCUUAUUCCCCAAGUAAAAUGCUGCCAUAAGCUAACAAACAAUAUAAAUUUCUCAAGUCAAAAUAAGAUACUAUUCCUAAUUCUCCAGGCAAAAUGUUGCCAUAAGCUACUUAACAAUAAAAAUUGUCUUAAGUCAAACAAUCAUUUGUUACAAGUUCAAGUUUUUGUAAUACAUAUGGUUUUGUGUGUAUGCCAUCUGUAAUUAUAUGGUUGUUUAAAUAGAUUUCAAUUUCA